AUGUAUAAGGAGUUGAGAUAUACGCAAAAUCAUCUAAAUAACCCACUUCCUGAAGAGAAUAUGGUCGAGUGUGUCUUCGAAUCCCUUGUAAAUGAAUUAAAAUACUUUCGUUAAAAUGUUCCCGUUGGUUGUUUAACAGAUAAAUGCUCAAAUAAUUAAAAGGAGAGACAGGAUCUAAGUAUGUUCUCUGGAGCUGGAGGAUAUCUGUAUUUGUAUUUGAGAAUGUAUGAAUUUGUUAAAACUCUUCCAGAAGAUCUCUAAUCCUCUUGUACUAGUGGAUUAAGUGAUUAAGAAUUGCCUGAAUUUUAUAACCCAGAAAUUUAUUUAGAUUUAGCUCAAAAAUAAUUUGAAGCUAUGCAAGCAGUCUUAAAACCGGAUAGGAAUAUUACAUUUCUGAUGAGCAACAUAGCCACUUCACUAUUGGGUGCAGACCUAUAUUUCAUAAAAAAAGACUAAUAGAACUUCUCGAAACAUAUUUCCUAAGUUUUGAGCAUCUUUGCCAAUAUUAUGGCAAGUCCAAAUUAAUUUUAACAAGAGUUAUUAUAUGGAAUCCCAGGAUAUUUAUAUUUCUUCUUGUGGAUAAAUCAAAGAUACUCCAAAGAACAAGGACCAUAUUAAUUAGAUUUAACCUCACACAUAUUUAAUUUAUGCAAGAUGAUUAUUCUUAAUUGUGGUGAAGGAAUUAUGAAGUGUAAAUUUUAUAAUUAGACUUAUUUUGGUGGUGCUCAUGGAAUUUUAGGAAUUAUUCAAGUAUUAUUGUUGAGUUAUGAAUAAGCCAAAGAAUACUUUCAUUUAAAAGACGAGAAGUUUACCUUGAAAAUGCUUGAAUCUAUUUAAUUGACUCUGGAUUACCUAAUAAAGAUCUAUAAUAAAUCGGGUAAUAUUCCACCUUCAGUUGAGGAUGUGCAUAGUACAGAAUUAUUCCAAUUUUGUCAUGGAAUCCCAGGGGCAAUAACUCCUUUGUUGAAAGCCUAUCAGAUAUUUAAUAAAUAAGAAUACUUGAAUACUGCAAUUCACAUGUCAGAGACCUUGUAUAUAUACGGAAUGAUUAAGAAAGGAUAUGGGAUAUGUCAUGGCAUACCAGGGAAUAGUUAUGGAUUCAUGCAAUUAUAUUAGGUAACCAAAAACGAGAAACUUAAAAGAUAUGCGUUCUAAUUCUUAUAGUACAAAUAAAAUCCUUUUGUUUUCAAUGAGGUGAAGAACUUUAAAUUCCAUGAUAGAUUCAAUGUCGGAAUGUCUGAUAAUCCUUUCAGUUUGAUGUUGGGGUCGGUUGGUGACAUGUGUGCUAUGAUGGAUUUUAUAAAUUACAAAAGAAUGCCAGGGUAUGAGGUUUGA